CCAUGCAGUCAGACUUCAUCCCAUUGCACCCAAACCUCUUCUAUCACUUUCUUCCUUCCUCCAAUGGCCUCUUCUGAUCUAGUCUUCUCUGUCACAAGGGGCAAGCCUGUGCUAGUUUCUCCUGCUAAGCCAACACCCCAUGAAUUCAGACUCCUCUCUGACAUCGAUGAUCAAGAAUGCCUCCGUUUCCAGCUGCCUGCCAUACAGUUCUACCGCAACAAUCCUUCAAUGAGAGGGCGGGACCCAGCAGGGGUGAUCAGGGAUGCUAUAGCGAAGGCGCUCGUUUUCUACUACCCAUUUGCCGGUAGAAUUAGAGAAGGGCCCGGCCGUAAGCUCACAGUGGAGUGCACCGGUGAAGGCCUGGUGUUCAUUGAGGCUGAUGCCGAUGUCAGCCUCAAGCAGUUUGGGGAUGAACUCCAUCCUCCCUUCCCAUGUUUGGAGAAGCUGCUCUACGACGUCCCUGGAACGGGAGAAAUCAUCAACUGCCCUUUGCUUUUAAUUCAGGUGACUCGUCUCACGUGUGGGGGUUUCAUCAUUGCCGGCAGGCUCAACCACACCAUGAGCGACGGGGCUGGGUUUGUACAAUUCAUGUCAGCGGUGGCCGAGCUUGCACAAGGGGCGCGGGCCCCAUCCGUUCUGCCCGUGUGGCGGAGGGAGCUACUCAGCGCACGGGACCCACCACGUGUGACGCACAUGCACCGGGAGUACGACCAAGUAACCGACACAAAAGGCAACAUAACACCCCUCGAUGAAAUGGCCCACCGUUGCUUUUUCUUCGGCCCUCCCGAGAUAUCUGCCCUCAGGAAGCAAGUGCCGCAUCACCUCCGCACGUGCUCCACGUUCGAGCUACUGAGCGCGUGCUUCUGGCGCUGCCGCACCAUCGCUGUGGGGGCCGCCCCAGAUGAGGAAAUGAGGUACAUCUUCUUCUGUGACGUGCGAGCCAAGUGCCAGCCACCCCUGCCAGCAGGCUACUACGGGAACGGCGUCGUAUUGGCGACGGCGAUCUCACCAGCCAGUAAGUUAUGUCAGAAUCCAUUGGGAUAUGCACUAGAACUAGUGAUUAAGGCUAAAUCUGCCGUCACGCAAGAGUUCAUACAGUCUCAGGCAGACCUAAUGGUGAUUAAAGGGCGGCCCCACUUCACUGUACCAGGCACCUACAUUGUGUCAAAUGUGACACGUCUUGCGCUUAUGGACAUUGAUUUUGGGUGGGGAAAUGCUGUUUACAGUGGGCCAGCCAGGGGGAUUGUGUACGACAACAUCCCUGACAUUUCUAGCUUUCAUUUACGGUUUAGAAAUGCAGAAGGGGAGGAUAGAACUAUGGUGUCAAUUUGCUUACCUCAGCCUGCUAUGGAGAGAUUUGUGGCUGAGAUUGAAAGCAUGAUCAAGGAGCCCAUCAUCAGUAGCUCCUAUAAAUUCACUACAUCGGCCCUGUAGAGAAUUAAGGAUUAAUAAACCUGAUUUCGCAUAAAUUUUAUAAGAGAUGGUGGUCAUUAGGUGUGUAUGCAAAGUUAGCUCUAUGUAAUUAUAUAUGAAAAUUUCAAAUAAAGUACCAAUGAUGCUUUAUGUUA